AUGGAAGACAAGCCCCUCGCCGCCGCCAGCACGGAUCCCCGCGAUCUCGCGGCCCAGGAAUCCUCCGCCGCCGUUAUCUUCCCCUCCUUCACCUCCAACACCGCCUGGUCUCUCGGUCUGGCCCUGCGCAAUCGCAUUCUCUCACUGCCGCCGGAUCAGCGCAAGCCCGCGCUCAUCUCCAUCACCCUGACCGGGGGCUCUGAGCCCCACGUCGUCUUCCAGUGUGCCACCGAGCCCGGCACCAUGGCCGACAAUGAGAUCUGGGUGCGCCGCAAGCGCAACACCGUGCUGCGCUGGGGCGUCUCUAGCUGGUUGAUGCGCAAUAAGAUGCUGACCAGCACGGGCCUGGGUCCUAACGAGGUCGAGGCAGCGCUGGUGCGCAAGUUCGCUCUCACCAGUACCGGGGGUGGGGGUGCGGCCGACGACUAUGCCAUCCAUGGCGGAGGUUUCCCUGUCCGCGUCAAGGGCGUGGAUGGUGUGGUGGGUGUGAUUGUUGUGAGUGGAUUGAAGCAGGAGGAUGACCACCAGGUGAUUGUCGAGGUGGUGCAGGACUUUAUCAAGAAUGGUCAACAAUAA